AUGAUGUUGCACCAUACUUCAAGACAGAACCUGGCUUGCCCCAGAUACACCUGGAAGGAAACCGACUCGUACUUACGUGCCUUGCUGAAGGCAGUUGGCCCUUGGAAUUCAAGUGGUUACACAACGACAGUGAAAUAACCUCCUACUCCAGUGAAUAUAAGUACAUCAUCCCAGCUCUGCAGAGGUCUGAUGGUGGCUUCUACCAGUGCAUCGUCCGGAAUAGGAUGGGGGCACUGCUGCAGAGGAGAUCUGAAGUCCAAGUGGCAUACAUGGGAAAUUUCCUGGACACAGACCAGAAAAAAACAGUGACUGAAGGACAAGCUGCAGUUCUGAACUUCCCACACAUCCUCAGCUAUCCAAGACCCCAAGUGACAUGGUUUAGAGAUGGGCACAAGAUUAUACCAAGCAGCAGAAUAGCCAUCACUCUGGAGAACCAGCUGGUGAUCCUUGCAGCAUCAGUGACUGAUGCAGGAGGCUACUAUGUCCAGGCAGUCAAUGAAAAGAACGGGGAGAACAAGACAAGUCCAUUUAUUCAUCUUAGCGUAGCACGUGAUGUUGGUGCCGCAGACCCAUCUGCCCCCGCGGCCGCCGCGGUCGUCGUGCGCCCGCACAACACCAGUGUGGUGGCCGGGAGCAGCGAGGCCACCCUGGAGUGUGUGGCCAAUGCCAGACCUCUUGAGAGACUAAGUGUGACCUGGAAGAGAAAUGGAAUAAAGAUAACCAGUGGCAUUAGCAGUUUUGGCAGACGACUCACUAUCACCAACCCAACGUCUGCUGAUGUGGGGAUGUACCUGUGUGAAGCAAAGCUGAGGGAGAGCACAGAGGAACCAGCCAGAGCGAAAGCUUUCCUGUCUAUACUGGAAUAUCCCUACACCACAUAUUCUGAACCUGAGAGUGUGAUUUUGGCUGAAGUGGAGAAAGACGUGGACAUCCUGUGCCAGGCGAUGGGUGUUCCCAUUCCCACCCUGGUGUGGUACAAGGACUCUGUUCCCCUCAGCAGGCUGGAAAAUCCUCGCUACAAAGUCCUGCUGAGUGGUGGGCUGAGGAUCCACGCUCUGCGUCCCCAGGAUGCUGGGAUCUUCCAGUGCUUUGCUAGUAACAAAGCUGGGGAGAUACAGACAUACACCUACCUGGAUGUGACCAACAUUAAACCAACAUUCAUCCAGCCCCCAGAGGAUACCACAGUCACGGAGGGGAUGACUGCAGUGCUGACCUGUGAGGUUUCAGGGGCUCCAAAACCUGCCAUCUCAUGGAAGAAAGGAAACCAGAUCUUAGCCAGUGGCUCAGUUCAGAUUCCUCGCUUCGUUCUUCUCGAGUCUGGAGGGCUCCAGAUAACACCCGUUUUCCUGCAGGAUGCAGGCAAUUAUACUUGCUGUGCAGUCAACUCUGAAGGAGCUCUGAAUGCUUUUGUGAUGCUGACAGUGUGGAAUCGCACUUCCAUUGUUCGCCCUCCCGAGGACAGCACUGUGAUCAAAGGCACCACGGCCACUCUGCGAUGUGAAGCCACUCAUGAUCCUAGAAUUUCAAUCAGGUAUCUUUGGAAGAAGGACAGUGUUGUGAUAAAUCCAUCCAGCAGUUCCAGGAUCACAGUAGAGAAAGAUGGAACCCUCCUCAUCAGCCAGACAUGGUCAGGUGACAUUGGAGAUUAUACCUGUGAGGUCAUUUCCUUUGGAGGAAACGACUCCAGAAUGGCUCGACUGGAAGUGAUUGAGCUGCCUCAUUCCCCUCAGAACCUUCUGGCCACUCUGAAUUCCUCCUACAGCCGCAGCGUGAUGCUCUCCUGGGUGCGUCCCUUUGAUGGCAACAGCCCUGUGCUCUACUAUGUGGUCGAGCUCUCUGAGAACAAUUCUCCCUGGAAGGUUCACCUCUCAAACCUGGACCCAAAGAUGACUGGUGUCACUGUGAGUGGACUCACUCCAGCCCGGACCUACCAGUUCAGGGUGUGUGCAGUCAACCAGGUGGGAAAGGGCCAGUACAGCACUGAGACCAGCAGGUUGAUGCUACCUGAGGAGCCUCCCAGUGCCCCACCUAAAAACAUAGUGGCCAGUGGACGUACCAACCAGUCUAUCAUGGUCCAGUGGCAACCUCCUCCUGAGAGUGAGCAUAAUGGAGUUCUUCAUGGAUACAUCCUAAGGUAUCGCCUGGCUGGUCUCCCUGGAGAAUACCAGUAUAAGAACAUCACCAGUGCAGAAAUUAACUACUGCUUAGUGAAAGACCUGAUCAUUUGGACUCAGUAUGAAAUCCAGGUGGCAUCUUACAAUGGAGCUGGGCUGGGAGCAUUCAGCAGACCUGUGACAGAGUACACCUUGCAAGGAGUGCCCACAGCUCCACCGCAGAACGUGCAAGUCGAAGCUGUGAACUCCACAACCAUCCAGUUCCUCUGGAACCCUCCACCCCAACAGUUCAUCAACGGCAUUAACCAAGGGUACAAGCUUUUGGCAUGGCCGGUGGAUGCUCCAGAGAGUGUGACUGUGGUCACCAUCGCUCCUGAUUUUCAUGGUGUUCAUAGUGGCUAUAUCACCAACCUGAAGAAAUACACCACUUACUACACCUCAGUCCUGUGCUUCACCACACCAGGCGACGGCCCACGGAGUCCACCCCAGCUCCUGCGCACCCUUGAAGACAAGCCAGGAGCAGUAGGACACCUGAGCUUCACCGAGAUUCUGGACACCUCGCUCAAGGUCAGCUGGCAAGAACCCAUAGAGAAAAAUGGCAUCAUCACAGGGUACCAGAUCUCCUGGGAGGUGUAUGGCAGGAAUGAAUCACGCCUUGCCCGCACACUGUCCAACACCACCCUGGAGUACAAGAUCACAGGGCUCUCAUCCCUCACCACCUACACAAUCGAGGUGGCAGCUGUGACUGCAAAAGGGAGUGGAUGGGUCACAUCCUCCACCAUCUCCUCUGGUGUGCCCCCAGAACUGCCAGGUGCUCCAUCCAACCUGGUGAUUUCCAACAUCAGCCCUCGCUCUGCCACACUUCAGUUCCGUCCAGGAUAUGAUGGCAAAACCUCCAUCUGCAAGUGGAUAGUUGAAGGCCAGGUUGGUGUGCUGGGUGAUGAGGAAGAAUGGGUGAGUCUUCAUGAGGUGGAGAAUGAACCUGAUGCUCAGAUGCUGGAGGUACCAAACCUUACUCCUUACACUCAUUACAG